AGCUCAAAGCUAUGUGUGCUUAGUGUCUCUUGAGCCGCCACAAAAUCGCGACAAGGCGACGGAAAUUUAAUUUUAAAAAAGCAUAGAUGCAAAAUAGGCUGUUGUGGUGUGAAGAGAAUUCAAAAAUAUUAAAUAAGAAUAAAAUGCGGAUGUGAAAAUUCGUCCUCGCCGCGUUGAGCUCUGUUUUUUCGAGUGCCACUUUUGAGUCUUUGACGUUUUUUUAUAUUUGCUGCUUUGUGUUUCGUGCUCGUCAUUGGUGGUGAGGCCACAAAAAUUCGCCCCUUUGGUGUUCGCUGUGGGCGAAAGUGUGUAGUGAUGGAAUUUUUCAUUAGUUUUACAAAAAACGUCUGAGUGGAAAGACAAAAGUGCCGCUACAAGCGACGGCUGACAUAAAAAUACUCUAACGGUUUUUUUUUUUCGUUUGCGACUUGCUCUUACUUACCACCAGCUGUGGUCACAAGUGUGAAGCGAAAUUAAAUUUUCUUAUUUGCUGCGGCGUGCUGGUGUUGCAAAUUGGCUUCAGGAAAAAGAAUUGAAAAAAAAACAGGGAAAGAAAACUAUGAAAAGUAUUUUAAUUUGAAAGUUGUAUAAAAAAUAAACUGAAAGGCGAAAAGUGCUUUGUUUGCAUUUUCGAGCAGCAGCUGCGCGCUUUUGAGAAGUUUUAGAAAAUUUGGUCCAACUCUCAAAGCCGUGUGUUGGAUUGAAAAUGUCAUCAGCGUGCUGUCGCCACCCAGCGCUGUUGCUACUGGCUCUUACUGCUUUGUUUGCGACUUCAGUCACAGCUGCAUCAGUGCCCACAGCGCCAACACCAGCUGCUGCGCCCAGCAUGGGUAUCGGAGCGCCCAAUGUGAAUGUGGAGACCGAAGUGCUGCGCUUCUCGUACGAACUCGAACGUUGGCUGGAUACAGAGAAGAGUCCUUGUCAGGACUUUUACGCUUAUGUCUGUGGCAAGACAGUGAAUAAUACCAAAGAGCAAUUUGAGGCGCGUUUGCAGCGUGAAAAGGAGAAGUUCGAUAAAUUUUUGAGCGCCAACAACAAUGAGGAGCUACUCGAUGCUGAGCUGAAGCUCAAACAAUUCUAUGAAUCCUGCAAGAAUGCACGCUCGGUGGAGGAGCUGAAGGAGUCCUUCAUGUACAAGCAGAGUGGCGGUUGGCCGGCGAUUGAUAGCUCUGCCACGAUGCAGCGACGCCGUCGCCUCAAGUCCUGGAUGGAUGUGGUGAGCGCCUUUCAUGAGGCGGGCAUCAAUUACUUCUUCACGCAACGCGUGGAGAUCAAGUCCAAUAAGCGUACAGUAUACUUGCAAGUGGAGGAUGUGUUGCGUUAUACAUUGCGCAAGUUUGAGCAGCUGAUUGGUGAGGUAUUGACGGCAUAUGGCGUGGAAAUGGAUCGCGGUCGCUUGAUCGCUUUGGAGAUAUUGACUUUUGAAAGGAACCGUCGUGAAAUUUUGAAAGAUGAGUUGAAGGAGGAGGAUGUCGAGUAUAAUUAUGACGAUUUUAAGGCUUCAUCAUUCGGCGCAGCGCUACAAAUUGAUUGGGAUAAGUAUUUUAAAAGUGCACUGGGCAAGCCGCUUAAGGCCACGGACACGGUAGUGGUCCACGAGAAGACACGCUUGGGCAAGCUAUUCGGGUUUCUGCAGCAAACUACUAUGACACGCCUACUCAACUGGAUUUGGAUUGACUAUCUAUUGGACAAAAGCAACGCACACUGCGCGGAGCUCGCACAGAAAUACUUCGAGCCCGUCUACCAGCAUAUUGUCGAACACGCCUACCUCGAUAAAGUACAAAUGGCGCAACUCUACUCGAAUAUUGGACGCGUUUACGACGAGCUUCUACCGCCCACCACGUGGAUUGACGAGAUGUCACAGCAAAACUCACAUCUCUUCCUCGGCCGUGCUAUGCAUCUCACAUUGAAUGGCGAUGAGAGCUUGGACUCUGAUUAUGCCAAACUGCAAGUAACUAAUCGCAAUUUCUAUCGUAAUCUCGAAAAGGUGCAACGUUUCUUCGCCCAGUCGGGCAAAAAUCAGCGCUUGAUAACGCGUGUCGGCAAUGCCGUAGUCGGCGAUACGUCUCAAGUCGCUUCUAACUUUAUGCGCAUCUUCUCAACCGUUAGCACGCUAAUGCAACAACAGAAUCUAACGGCACCACUUAACCAUAUCUUAGUAGGUGAGCGCUUCGCCGAGCAUAUGAUAGCCAGCGGCAGUACGUCGAAGAUGACAGGCGCUUGGCGCAGCAUGGAGUCGGAACGCGAAUUCGCUGCUUUGGGUCAGUGCGUUGCUAGGCAACAGCAGCAGUUGACGGGUACUACUGAAUUGCCAUACAAUCUGAAUGAGCUGCUCGUGAAGCUGCUGGCGCAGCAAUUGGCAUUGCAGACGUACGACCAAUGGUUGCAGGGUAAUGAGCGUUUGGUGCGUCGUUUGGAUAGUCUCUUGGCUGCGGGUCGUUUGCAGUUGUCUAUGGCGAAACUGUUCUACAUCGGUGGGGUGUUGACUGAGUGCGGCUCGUUUGAGAGCAUUUCUCAGAAGCAGCUCAUGAAGGGUUACUUACAUAACUCGCUAAAGUUUCGACAGGCUUUCAGAUGUCGGGCCGUGGCACGCGACACUUGUAAGGUGGUUUAACUGUUAAUAUGACGAAAAUUUUAAUUAAUUUAAGGAAUAAGUUCAUAAUGGCUAAAAAUUAUGAGCACUAAAUGCAGUUCUUGACUUUGAGCAUUUGAGGCAACAGUAAUGGUUAACUUAUGUAUAUUUGAGUAUAUAUGAAUACAAUAAAAGUACAAUAGCUAUUAAAUAAUUGUCUCGAGAUCAUUUCAAUCCGAAGAGGCCAGAAACCAAAAGAAUAAUGGGAAAAAAUGAAGCUAAAAAAAAACAAAAUUA